UUUGGUGGUGUGAAUCGAGAACUCGAGUACCAUACCAUUGAAAAACUGGAGGGCGGUUCGAUACCGAAUAUUAAUCCACAUUAAGGUUGGGAGAGAUGGCAGUAGGGGGAAAUUUUGCAGCUCAAGGACUGGGUGCGAACUAUGAAGGUGGCAUCACGGCUUUCGUGGUCGUCACCUGCGUUGUUGCGGCCAUGGGCGGUCUCCUGUUUGGUUAUGACCUCGGUAUCUCAGGUGGGGUUACUUCAAUGGACGAUUUCUUGCUCAAAUUCUUCCCAUCAGUGUACCACAGAACGAAAGACGGGUCGGUCCACGAGAGCCAGUACUGCAAGUACGACAACCAUUUGCUGACCCUGUUCACCUCAUCUCUCUACCUUGCGGCCCUUGUGGCUUCCUUCGCCGCAUCGAAGGUCACCAGGGUCUAUGGCCGAAAGAUCUCCAUGUUCUUGGGAGGCCUGGCCUUUCUCAUCGGUGCAAUCCUCAACGGCAUCGCUAUGAACAUCACAGUGCUGAUAAUUGGCCGUUUAUUGCUCGGUGUCGGGGUUGGAUUUGCUAAUCAGUCGGUUCCGGUCUAUCUGUCUGAAAUGGCGCCACCGAAGAUCAGAGGAGCUCUCAACAUCGGCUUCCAAAUGGCCAUCACAAUCGGCAUCCUGGUGGCCAAUUUCGUCAACUACGGGACUGCACAGAUCAAGGGAGGAUGGGGCUGGAGAGUCUCUCUGGCUCUAGCCGCCGUCCCCGCGAUACUGAUGACCCUCGGAUCCAUCUUCCUGCCGGACACUCCUAACUCCAUCAUCGAAAGAGGCCACCGCGAGGAGGCCAAGAGAAUGCUUCAGAAGGUCCGCGGGACCGAGCAUGUGGACCACGAGUUCCAGGACCUGGUCCGAGCCAGUGAGGCCGCGAGUAAGGUCCAGCAUCCCUGGAGGAACAUAUUCGAGCCGAGGUACAGGCCUCAGCUCGUGAUCUGCUUCCUCGUCCCGUUCUUCCAGCAGUUCACUGGCAUCAAUGUCAUCAUGUUUUACGCACCCGUUCUGUUCAAGACUUUGGGUUUCGGUGACGACGCUGCCCUCAUAUCUUCAGCCAUCAGCGGCGUUGUGAACGUCGUCGCAACGUUGGUUUCGAUAUUCUCGGUUGACAAGCUUGGAAGGAGAGGCUUGUUCCUCGAAGGAGGAAUCCAGAUGAUAAUUUGCCAGAUUGCGGUAGGAGCACUGAUUGGCGCAAACUUCGGAGUCGCCGGUGAAGGAUCCUUUUCCAAAGUCGAAGCCAAUCUGCUCUUGGCAUUGAUCUGCUUAUACGUAGCGGCAUUCGCGUGGUCAUGGGGUCCGCUGGGGUGGUUAGUGCCAAGCGAGAUCUGCCCGUUGGAGAUCCGGUCGGCUGGCCAGGCGAUCAACGUCUCGGUCAACAUGUUCUUCACCUUCAUCAUCGCUCAAGGGUUCCUCUCUAUGCUCUGCCAAAUGAAGUUCGGCCUCUUCUUCUUCUUUGCGGGCUUCGUGAUCGCCAUGACCAUCUUCAUAUUCUUCUUCUUGCCGGAGACGAAGAACGUGCCGAUCGAAGAGAUGAACAGAGUGUGGAAGGCGCAUUGGUUCUGGGGAAAGUACAUUCCCGACGAGGCCCUCAUAGGUGAGGACCCCUGAGAAAUAGACAUUUUUGCAGAAAGUAGCACAAAGAAGAACUUACUGGCUUCUAUCAUUCAAAGAAGGCAACACAAAUUGGAAGGGCGAUUUAUUUGAUUCUGUUUUCUCUGCCAAAACAUGUGUACAUCUUAUUCUUUGGUAAAUCAU